GUCAAUCAUCCCGGAGUGAGGGUCGGGAGCAUCGAGUGUUAUGUAGGGGCGAGGGGCUGGCGGCUCGGCGCGGAGAUCCACCUCGGCGGGGCUGAUUGACUGACUGACUCUCGCGGUCACCGGAGCCGGGGAGCCCCGGUGCGGCGGCGAUGCUCCGCGCCGGUACCGUGUGCCUGCAGGUUAGACUCAGCAACGCCAGGGACUGCUUCCUGCACCUAGAGUCCGGCCCGGUGGGCCAGCUGCGUCUGCAGGAGUGCCAAGCAAUUGAACUGUCCUGGGAUCUUAAGCAGAGAGCAUUCCUAAGCUGGGUGGGACGCAGAUCUACUGGAUUCGAAGAAGGGAACAUUGUAGAGAUCAGUAGACACCUUGGACAAAAACUUGGUAUCAAAGAUGGAGUACAGGUAUUUCUCAGGGCCUGUGCACAAGUAUCCUCCUGUCAGCAGGCAGUGGUCGAACCCCUGUCACCUGAUGACUGGGACAUAUUGGAGCUCCAUAGCACAUCACUGGAAAACCACAUCAUGGACCAGAUCCGGAUUGUCUUUCCAGGAGGGGUCUUUCCAUUGUGGAUAGAGAAACAUACUGUAAUCUUUAUUAAAAUUGGCUCUUUAACACCCGCUGCUGCAUAUGGGAGGUUGGAACCCUUCACUGAACUCAUUGUCUCACCCAAAAUGCGACAUGUGGAAGAAAGUUCUGGUGAAAGCAACAACGUGAGUGGAGAGUUCAACUCGAGCAGUAACAAAAUGCACUCUGAUGUAGGAGAGAAGCCUAGCAUUGAGCAUGGUUCCAAAGGAUUGUAUGAACAUACAAUGAUGCCUCAGAACAUCAUGUCAAAUAUAUGGCAUUUGAUAAAAAAUAUAUUCUCCGUAAAUCUAGAAGUUCCAGGACAGCAUCCUUCAAAAGCUAUUGACAUAGAUACAUUUUUAAGCACCUUUUCGAAGUCUGUUGAAAUAGACUCAAUAUUUAGAGUAAGUAAAGAAUUUCCUUAUGAUUUAGAGGUACAGCACUCAUUACCGUGGAACCAAAGACAGGCUGAUACAGUUCAUAUCUUUCCCUAUCAUCGAGACGCACACACUCUGAGCAGUCGUGAUAUGCAGAUUGCUUAUGGAAAACUCUCAAAGCUUUUGUCACCCAGACAACACAAAGAACUGUCCAAGCAAGGUGCACAAGUGAAGAAAAAUGCAAUUAGUGAUGGAAGUGACUCCAAAACUGGAACGAUCAAAACGGAAGAAAAUGAAGCCUGCAUUGUUAAAAUAAUUACUCAUGGAUGUGAACAAUCAGCAUUUAAAUCUGCAGGUUUUCACACUGGAAAAGUCUGGAUUCCAGAUGGAUUGAGGAAGAAGUUGAAAGUGGAGGCAUCUGCUGCUGUUAGGAUAACUUCAUUAAAAUUACAUCCUCUUCUUCCUACCAGUAUUCGGUUGCAGCCAAUGCAAAGGCUGCCAGAGGAGAUGAAAGAUGAUGAUGUUAAAUCCUCCUUUGUUUCAUGGCUCAGUAACGUGAGCUCUGACAAUUUCCCAUUUUUUGCAGCGUUAUCAAAUCUUGUGGAAAUAGAGGUUGCUGGACGUGAGACUGAAUUUAUGCUGUAUGUCGAACAAGUUGUAGGCAAGUCAAAAACUGAAGAGAAUGAAUGCUUUUUAUUGUAUCCCAGUGUAAUUGCCAAAGUUGAUAUAAAGGUGAUCCUGCAGCCUCCAGUGAAGGACUCCACUCAAGUCAGGACCGUUGAUGAUAUUGACCAGGUGCUUCCAUUUUACAAAUUCAGUUGCUUGGGUGCUGUUCAUGAACUUGCUGUCUCAGCCUUUGAGCACAUCUCUCUCAGUCUCUUAGGCCACCCUCUGUCACGGGAAAUUGCCUCGACUGCACAAGGUCUCCGAAGUGGAGCUCUUUUACUCACAGGAGUAAAGGGUAGUGGGAAAACCACUUUGGCAAAGGCUCUGUGUAGAGAGGCAGCAGAGAAGCUGGAAGCCCAUGUGGAAAUUAUCGACUGUAAAGCUUUGCAAGGUAAAAGGGCUGAAAAUAUCCGUAAGAAAUGGGAAGACGUUUUCACUGAGGCAGCGUGGAGACAACCUUCUGUAAUCUUUAUGGAUGACUUGGAUCAUAUUGCAGGCUCUAUCUCUGCUUCUGAACAUGAACUCAGUGCUGAGGCUAUUCUUGGUAGACAACUUUCUCAAAUUUUGAGGUAUCUAGUUGCUGAUGCAGUUUCACACGGGAAUGUUAUCGCACUGAUAGCCACAAGCAUAUCCGAGCAAACUCUGCAUCCCUCUCUAAAUUCAGCUGAAGGGUCCCACUUAUUUCAGUGUGUCCAGAAUAUUCCACUGCCGGACCAGGAUCAGCGGGUAGAGAUUUUGACCUCUGUCAUUCGAAAUAAAACCGUUAUUUCACUGAAGACUUUAGAUAGCACCGACUUUCAAAAGCUGGCUAAAGCUACGGAAGGCUUCGUAGCAAGAGAUUUUGUCGUGCUGAUGGAGCGGGCCGUGCACUCGCAUUUGUUAUCUAACAAAAACAAAGAGCGAGAACCACAGUUGACAACAUUGAACUUCCUUCAUGCCCUUGAGGGAUUUGUACCUACAUCUCUAAGAAAUGCUAACCUUCACAAACCCAAAGAUUUGGGCUGGGACCACGUUGGAGGUCUACAUGAAGUCAAGGAAAUCCUCCUGGAUACUAUUCAAUUACCUGUUAAGUAUCCACAGCUGUUUGCAAGACUACCCAUAAGAAUGCAAUCUGGAAUCCUGCUCUAUGGGGCGCCUGGGACAGGAAAGACGUUAGUAGCCAGUGUUGUCACCAAAGAAAGUGGAAUGAACUUCAUUAGUGUUAAGGGCCCUGAACUGUUGAGCAAGUAUAUCGGUGCAAGUGAGCAGGCGGUUCGUGAUGUUUUCAGGAGGGCAGAAGCAGCCAAACCUUGCAUUCUUUUCUUUGACGAGUUUGAUUCGAUUGCACCUCGCCGGGGUCACGACAGCACGGGGGUGACUGAUAGAGUCGUUAACCAAUUGCUCACACAGUUGGAUGGGGUUGAAGGCUUACAAGGGGUUUAUGUUCUGGCUGCCACAAGUCGUCCGGAGUUGAUUGAUCCUGCUCUGUUAAGGCCAGGUCGUCUCGAUAAAUCAGUGUACUGCCCACCUCCUGAUCAGAUGGCACGUUACGAGAUCCUGAAAGCAUUGAGCCAGAAUUUACCUUUGGCUGAUGAUGUUGACUUCCAGCAGAUAGCAAGUAUGACUGAAUAUUUUACGGGAGCUGACCUCAAGGCUUUGCUCUGUAAUGCCCAGUUGGAUGCCAUUCAUGGCUCUCUGUCGUCGAGUGUGCUGGGAGAUAUACGUUCGGGCUCUGAUAGUGAUGUGAGCUUAUCUUCCAUGAUUUUCUUGAAUCAUAGCAGUGGCUCUGAUGAAUCUAUGGGAGAUGUGGAACAUUCCCCAAUUUACCUGGACAGCAGUGAAAUAGCACCUGAUGAUCCAUGUCCUAAUAUUUGGCGCCUAUAUUUUGGUAGUUCAUAUGAAUCAGAACUGGGAAAUGGAACCUCUUCAGAACAGAAUUCUCAGUGUUUGUCGGGACCGAACUCCUUGACCCACGAUCACACUAUUACAUCUGCAAGGGACACCGCAUCUUCUCACCUCCCUUUAUACAUGCUGUCUUUGCAAGAAGGAUACCAGGAACUUACACAGGAGCAAGUAGAACAACUACGGAUGGACCUAAACAUUAUUAAAGCAAAUAUGAAGAACAAAAACAUGGACAACACAUCACACAAUCACUUUGGAACCACCAAUAGUUCCCAGCUGAUCUGUCAAUCCCACUUACUGACAGCACUUGCAACUACACGGCCCUCUAUCGGUCAGCAAGAAUGGCAAAACUUCAUUGAAACGUACGAGAAUUUCCGAAAAUCAAGAGAUCGCAAGCAGAGUGCAGUCAUUGUUAAGCCUGGACAAAGAGUUACUCUGGCAUAAGAAUUUACUUUUUAAAACUCUAUUGAAGAACAUAUCACAAGUGGACUAGAAACCAAAGUUAAUCUGAAAGAUACUUUCAAGAUAUUAUUAUCAUUGCUGCUUUAACUUAACACAGAUGUAUUUUUUAUGGGGGUGGGGGUAAUGUGGGCUUAUAAUCCAAUCUAAUUAUUGUUUUGUAUUUAAUUGCCUUUCACUCGCGGUGUCUUGCCCAAUUAAUUUUUACUUUGGAUGUGAAAGAAAUGUCACCACUUUGUAUUUCAAAUUAUUUGCAAGGUUUAGCUCAGAGGGAGCUACUUACUCCAUUCCAUUAAGGGCACAAACUGAGUCCCUGAUCGAUAUAUAAAUCAUUUUAAACCUUGAAAAUUGAUCAGUUACUUACCAUUACAUUAAACAGUAUCUAUUCAUCUGGAUUUUGUCAUCGUAAUGGCAAAAUCAUUAGCCUUAGCUGGCAUAAUGGAGAGCUAUGCAAGAUUCCACAAGUGCAAUUUAAAUGCAGGAAUUCUGGCAUUGCCAACAAUAAUUUUGCCCUAUUCUACAAAUUCAGGGGAAAUUAAUUGUUUGAACAUAAUUUAGCUAUUGGCAAAGUAGUCCUACAGUAGACUAUAUGUCUUGCAUUUUAUUCUGAGAGAUUUUUAAUAUGAAACUGUAAAAUCACAGAAAAGUAAUUCUAUUU